CUGCUGUGACAGCUGAUACAUCGCCACCACACGCUAUUGCCACAGGAGCGCAAUCACGCCAACAUGUCCCUAGCCUUCUUAUUCAAGAAGACAUGGCAUCCCUCUACUCUCCAGAACGCGGAGAAGGUCUGGAUUGCCGAGCAAAAGGAUGCGGCGGAGAAGAAGCGGAUCGAGGAGCUCACCAAGCAGGUUAGGGAGGAGCAGCAAGUUCGAGAGCUGGAGGAGAUGCAGGCUGCCGGCGGCCACGGUCCAGAGCGCAAGCAGCGCAUCGACUGGAUGUAUGAGGGCCCCAUGCAGUCGGCGCAGGACCAGGAGGCGGAGUCGAACGAGUACCUCAUGGGGAAGAAGUUCGAGAUGAAGGACAAGGGGACCAGCGAACUUAAGACGAUCGAGGAGACCAAGGCGCCGGGCACCCUCUUCGCGGCCGCUCCGGCCACCACGGCCAACGAGGCCUUCCGUCGCGUCAACGAGGAUCCCUUGCUGCGCAUGAGGAAGGCGCGAAUGGAGGCUGAACAGAGCGUGGUUAACAACCCGGUGAAGAUGAGCAAGAUGAUGCACCAGCUGCAGGCGGAGCUGGAUGCGAAGGCGGAGAAGAAGCGAGCGAAAAAAGAUGCGAAGAAGGCAAAGAAAAACGCGAAGAAGCAAAAGAAAAAGGACAAGAAGGACAAGGACAAACAGCAGCAGCAGCAGCAGCAGCAGCAGCAGCAGCAGCAGCGCACGAACGGCAGGGGCAGUAGCGACGAAAGCGACCAAGACUCCGACGAUAGUCGCCGCCACCAUCACCACCACCGCGACAGGGAAGGGCCAAGGGUCAGCGAUAGCCGAGGCGAUCAUCGCCGCGGCUCUGAGCGACGAAGCGAUGGCGCUAGCGAAGCAAGAGCAAGUCGCUGUAGGGACCUCGACAAAACGGCGGCGGUGAGCGGAGGUUUUGGGAGGCGGGGUGGAGGAGACGCCGCGGAUGACGGGAGGGAUAGAAGUCGCACGGAAGAGUGGAGGGGCCACCGGAGGGGGGAGGACCACCGGCGCUCGUACGAGCGCGGCAGCGGUAACACACGAAGCGAGAGGGAGCGAGGGCGGGGGCGUGGCGGCGGGGGUGGCGACUCCCCUCGCCGCGGAGGAGGGGGAGGAAGGGGAGGAAGGGGAGGAGAUCGGGAGCGUGGUACUACCAGGCGGACGAAUCAAAGCGUGUCCCGCAGCAGGAGCAGGAGCAGGAGCAGGAGCCGGAGCCGGUCGCCGCCGGCGAGGCGCGAGAGGGGCGGCGGCAGAAAGGAAGAAAGGGGGGACCAGCGACACCACCACGAGCAGAAACGGCAAAGGAAGCGCUCCCGCAGCCGAAGCAAGAGCCCGCCGAAGGCUAGGCGUGCCGCGACAGACGGUAACAGCAGCAGCAGCAGUAGCGGCGGCAACAACAACAGCAACAACGCGGGUGCUGCGGAGGGUAAGCGGUACGGGCUUGUGGCGGGCGGAGGCGGGGGCGGUGGGGGCGGAGGGAAGUCUCUGGGGCCAGCCGCGGCGCUGUUGGACGCGAAGGAGAGAGAGAGGAAGGAGAAGGAGAAGAUGAGGGCGGACGCUCGGAAGCGACGAGCGAUGACACCGGAGGAGAAGAUGCGUCGGCUGAAGGAGAUGGAGGACGACGGUACCCGCAAUCAGGAGCUCAAAAAGCAGCGCGUAGAGGAGGGUAGACACGCCGACGCGAGAGGGAGAGGAGGCGGCAAUGCGGAGGAGAACGGCGGCGGCGGCGGCGCCAACGCGAAGUCGAAACCGAGCUUCCUGGACAAGAUGCGAGGCGAGCAGGUAGACGCCAUGGGGCUGGAGGAGCGCAUGAAGCGCAACAGGCACUACCAACAGCGUGGCGCCGACGUGCACAACUUCAUGGACCGGGGUUGAUCAUAUGCUUGAGGGGUCGACGUGGAGCGGUAGGGAACGGUGCAGAGAGCAAACGGCCCCAUGUGCAUGGGACAAGGUUUUGUGUUGUGUGCGUCGGGUGCUGGUUGAGAAAACGUAAAGCUCGCCCCCCGCUCCGCAUGCUCAGCCACGUCGUGGCACCUUUGGGCUGGGCUCCUAGUGUGGGGCAGAUGUUGAAACCCACUGUGCAUUGUUAUUAUUCUUAUACCCUUGGCCUUCGCUGUGUGAUCGAAUGGCGACCAAGUCAGCCCUCCUCACCAAUACUACUCGGCGUGUGACGUACCUAUAUAGCUCUAUCCGGGCAUCGACUUGAGAUCUGGAAAUGAUUCAUUGUAGUGCUUGCGUUGAGGGGCGGCAUGCUGGAGCUACAGCAGUAGCACACCAGGGGUCGACGCUACCAGUUCCUCCGGGAGACUUGAGUCCCCUGAGAAAUAUUGGACCUAUACUGUAAGGGGUGAAGAGAAGCAUCUUAAGGGACGCGCGGGUAACCACCUCCUUCCGUCGAAGCAAUCCUACCUUUCCUCCUUGUUGUAUGU